AGCUGAGCACGAGUCAAUACGUCUAACUGCAUCUCUCAUCAGGGGGGCCACAGCAACGGCAGACAGGCAUUGACAAACACGCCAGCACUCAGUCAGAGGAGCCUCACAGAGCAGGCGUGACGUCACAUUUCAAGGCAGUUGGUUGAGCUGGAGGUAGAGGAGGAGACGAGCAACCCAGCGAGUUGAAAAAAAGAAGAAAAAAAAGAUAACCAAUCGCAUUGGUUUUUAAACGUCAACUUUUAGAGCUCGAAAGUGAAUAUCGAAGACUAUUUUUGCAAAUUCCUGAGCUGAUAAUCAGAUUCAACUGGAGAAACCACCAAGACUGGGGAGCCACAAGCCAGUGCACACCAUUCUACUACUGUGGCCUGCACAGCAAGAAUACGCAGACGUAAAGCCAAAUCAGCAAACCUUUUAUCGAGACAGUUUUGGAAGGACUCCAUGAAAAAUGACGGAGGAGGUGAUAGUUAUAGCCAAGUGGGACUACUCGGCUCAGCAGGAACAGGAACUUGACAUCCGGAAAAACGAGCGGCUGUGGCUCCUGGACGACAGCAAGACGUGGUGGAGGGUGAGGAACGCCUCCAACCGGACCGGCUACGUCCCCUCGAACUAUGUGGAGAGGAAAAACAGCUUAAAGAAAGCCUCGCUGGUGAAAAACAUCAAAGACACACUCGGCCUGGGGAAGACGAAGAGGAAGACGAGUGCCCGCGAUGCCUCGCCAACGCCCAGCACGGACGCAGAGUACCCGUCCAAUGGUGGCGGAGGUAGCAGCGCCGAGCGUAUCUACGACCUCAGCAUCUCAGCCCUGGUCAAGUUCGCCUACGCGGCGGAGCGGGAAGACGAGCUGACACUGGUGAAGGGGUCAAGGGUCAUUGUCAUGGAGAAGUGUAGCGACGGCUGGUGGCGAGGGAGUUCUGAAGGUCGGGUAGGUUGGUUCCCCUCUAACUAUGUCCUGGAGGAGGGAGAGGAGGAGGCCGUCUCGGGGGACCUAAGCGGAGGUUACCCAGGGCAGGGGGCAGGGUCGGGAGGGGUGAUCAACGGGACCACCAGGGCGCUCCACACUGUCCAGACGCUGUACCCUUUCAGCUCUGUGACAGACGAGGAGCUAAACUUUGAAAAGGGCGAAGUGAUGGAGGUGCUGGAGAAACCGGAGAACGACCCUGAGUGGUGGCGGUGUCGGAACGCCCGUGGACAGGUGGGCCUGGUGCCAAAGAACUAUGUGGUUAUACUUAGCGACGAUCCGGCCCCCGGGGGUGGCAUGGGCUCGGGCCCCCACUCGCCCCAGAUCAACUACACAGGGCCGGCCCGCGUGGGAAAGUUUGCCGGGAAGGACUGGUACUAUGGGGGAGUGACCAGGCAUCAGGCAGAGUGUGCGCUCAACGAGAGAGGAGGUCAGGGAGACUUCCUGGUCAGAGAUAGUGAAUCAUCGCCCAGUGAUUUCUCCGUGUCCCUCAAGGCAAUGGGAAAGAACAAGCACUUCAAGGUAGCGCUGGCGGACGGGGUCUACUGUAUCGGCCAGAGACGCUUCAGCAGCAUGGACGAACUGGUGGAACAUUACAAAAAAGCCCCGAUCUUCACCAGCGAACAUGGAGACAAACUCUACCUGGUCAAACCGCUGCUGUGACCACACACACACAUGCUCGCACACAUUUGCAUACACUCACUCACACACACACACACACACACACACACACACACACACACACACACACACACACACACACACACACACACACACACACACACACACACACACACACACACACACACACACACACACACACACACACACACAAUCCGGACCCCGGUGCUCGGCCUGGCCUAACAACAAGCCUUAUUACAGGACUUGCCACUGACUGAUUUUAGCACAGCAAUAUCCACUGGUCUGCCCAUGCCCCUUCAAUACAACAGUUAGCACAUAGAGAGACUCAAAUGGAACACGUUGGCCACCGUAGCUCAGAUUCCUCUCAGAAUAGUGACACCGAGUCCUGUCCAGAAGUGUCCAGAGAACGCCUUCACUAAGGGAUCGUCUGUAAGCAUCCGCUCUUGGCCUUGGCCUCCUAGUAAAGCCCUGCCGGUGCCUCUAGGUUUUUAGGACAGAGCGCGGAUGGGGAUCUACAGUCAAUGGUUCCGUCACAACAGCUACAUACACCAUGAACGUGAAUAUUUAGUGUCGACAUUGACAUCACAUUAUCACUGGAGACCUUCUGAUUUUUUUUUUUUUUUUUGGG